CCCAUCCCCGCUGCUGCUGGCUGGACGCACGGCUCUUCCUGCGGGGAGGUUUUCCUGCAACAAUUUGUUUUCUGAGGGUCGAAAUCAUGGUGCCUGUACCGCAUCGGCUCCAAAUGGCACUGUGAGAACUUUCCUCCUCCCCCCCCCCCCCCCCCCCCCUUAUUUUUUUAUUUUAGAUGUUUGUCAUUGGGAUCGUGCUUCUUUGGGAAAUUAGCCACCGUGUCCCCUUUCAAUUAUGUUCACUUUUGCUGCCUUCUGCUACAUGCUGUCUCUGGUCCUCUGUGUGUCCCUGAUCUUCUUUGCAAUAUGGCACAUCACAGCCUUUGAUGAGCUCCAGGCCGACUUCAAGGUGCCGAUCGAUCAGGGCAAUCCACUCCAUGCGAGGGAGAGGCUGCGGAACAUUGAGAGGAUCUGCAACUUGCUUAGGAAGUUGGUGCUGCCAGAGUACUCCAUCCAUGGACUCUUCUGCAUCAUGUUCCUGUGUGCCCAGGAGUGGCUGACCGUGGGCCUCAACAUCCCCCUGCUCUUCUACAACACAUGGAGGUACUUCCAUUCGCCAACGGACACUAAGGAGCUGCUCUACGACCCAGCGUCCGUGAUGAACGGAGACACGCUCAAGUUCUGCAUAAAGGAGGCCUGGUGCAAGCUGUCCUUCUUCGUCCUAUCCUUCUUCUACUAUCUCUACUGUGUGUGGAACCUGGAUAUAUCCGUCUAAUAGAACUUUUCAAUGGAAACACUUAAAGUAUGAUCUACUCCUUGGUUACCUCAACAUAACAACUGAUUUAUCAGCAACUGGAGAGAAGGGAAAACGCCUCUGGUAAUACAGACCACCACUGUUUCGGUCUACAAUCGAAAGACAGGAAAUAGAAGAUAGAAAAAUGUUUUUUGCUGCAAAGCCAAACAAUGAACUCAAUGGGGGCGAAGCUUUUUUCUCUACUUUGUCCCCUUAAGAAGGAAGGUUUCAUGCUUGUCUGUAAAUAAAAACUGAAGUCUUGUUUACAGUUAGACCGGUCGUAGCUAGACCCAAGUAAAUCACUGCCUGGCCAACAUUUGAACCAAACACACACACACAUCCACAGCCUCCUCUGAAGUGGUACCGUACAUACUGUAAAGUUGCAGCGCUGGUAGCCCCAGAGGAUAAAGAGCACAGUAGCGUUUGCACAGUUUGUCUCAGGCACAGCAUGGUGAAGCACUGUCCGGCCCAGCACGGCUCACCCCCCCUCAGUCAUCCCCUCUCAACGCCUCGCCAACCGUAGCUUCACUGGUGAGUCAGAAACGAGGGAUACAUGGACGACUGCAUGGACAGAUAACACUGUACAUAAAGCAGAACGCUUUGGUUGGAAACACCCGAGCAGACGAUAUUUUCCACUGAAUGGCACACACUGUCCAUGGCCUGUGGGUUUUUCUUUCUAACAUUACGUGAAUGGCUUUUGUGACGUGUGCAUUUUGGUGUAUUAUUUAACUAAAGGCAUUUCUAAUAGAAGCAAAAGGUAUCCUAUACAGCAAAUGCCUUCUUAGUGUCAUCCUAGUGUUGUUCUAUUGUGGGAAAACUUUUCUAAAACUUAAAAGCUAACACCUGUCCAA